UAGAGGGGAAAAGAAAAGACAGAUUUGGGAGGAUAGGUUCUUGUUUUGUCUCUAUAAUGGCUCCAGCAGGAUCUUCUAGGUGGUGUCCAACAACCCAACAACUUAUGAUGUUAGAAGAGAUGUAUAGGAGUGGGAUUAGAACCCCAAAUGCCAACCAAAUCCAACAAAUCACUUCUCAGCUCUCUUUGUAUGGCAAGAUUGAAGGCAAGAAUGUUUUUUAUUGGUUUCAAAACCAUAAGGCAAGAGAAAGACUGAGGCUUCGAAAGAAACUUACCAAGCAACUUCAACAACAACAGCAGCUUUAUCAUCAACUUCAACAUAACCCCCAUUUUCUUCACUACUUAGACUCUCCCGCCUCUCCUGCUUUUCAACAUCUUUCUUGUUAUAACCCUGCCUCCGCCAAUCUUUUUCUUCAGGCAGGGAUUCAUGAUGAAGGAGGAAAGCAAGUGACGAACUAUACGUGGAAUAUUGAUAUCCCAGAAAACGUGGACAAGAACAAGGCCAUAAUGAGAAUGUAUGGCAGCGAUUGGUUGAUGAUGGUUGAUGUGGGACUACCUUUAUCGUCAUUACCAUGCUACUCCAUGAUCUCCAGGCCGCUUAAAACCCUUGAACUUUUCCCAGUCACUGCUUCAAAUCUCAAGGAGUGCAACAACAUCAACAACAACAACAGCAACUCUUCCAAUUCUCUUUCUUCAGUUUCUUGUAACAUCACUCCAGCUAAAGUACCCGUAAGCCUCCCUUAACCCCACCCUCCCGAAAAUAAAUAAAUAAAUAAAAACCCUCUGCUACCUUGGUUGCAACUUGUAACUAGGAUUUAGCUUUUUCUAAAAAAAAAGAAAAAAAAGAAAUUUGGGUCUAAUUUUGUUAGUUUUAGUUUUAGUUUUAUUGGGUUUCUUUGCAUGUGUUGUAAUGUAAUUUUUAGGCUCUUAGCACGAAAAGGAUCUGAAUUGUCUGGGGAGUAAUGUUACAUCUAGUACUGCUCCUUUCUUACUGCUAUAUAAUACUAGUUCUAUUACUUAUUGAUAAUAAUCAGCAGUGAGUAU